AAAAACAUAUGAAUAAAAGGAAACGAAGCACCCCAUUAGAAGCAAAUUUUAGGGUUCAAGGAGAAAGGAAAAGAAUAAAUUCCAGAAGAACAGGGAUAUCCAGAUCCGCCAUCGGAGAAAAAUAUCGGAUUAUUUGCCAAAAAGUCAAUUCUUCAAUGCACAAGUGUUUGUAAGACUUGGUACUCUCUUGUUACUAGCGCUAAUUUUAUCUCCACGCAUCUCAACCGAAACAGAGACGAUCACAUCUUGGUUUGAUCUUACUCUAUAAAUCCCCAAAAUGAAUUAUAUCAAAUGUUGUGUUACGAUGAAUAUUUGAAUGAGUUUGCCCAGUUUGAUUCACCAUUUAAGUGCAGUGAAGGUAGCGAUUGUUUUAAUAUUGUGGGUAGUUGUAAUGGGAUUUUGUGCCUUGCUGCUGCCGAACUGUCGCAUGACUGGAACCAUUUCUAUUUUUUGAACCCAUCCAUCAGAAAAUCUUUUAAACUCCCAGAACCAAUUUUUACAAUUGACAUACUCGGUGAAAUCUUUGGUUAUAUGCUAGGGUUUGGGUAUGAUCCUGUUACUAAUGACUAUAAGGUGGUAAGAGUACUGCACACUCUUCAUUCGUUUCCACCUCAUGUUGAUGUUUAUAAGUUAAGUACUGGUGUUUGGGAAGAUAUUAGUCAUGUCUCUCUACCUUAUAAAUUCUUUGCAAGUACACCACAUGCAUAUGUAAAUGGAUCUUCUCAUUGGAUUGUUUCUUGUUGGGUAGAAGGAUCACUUGGACUUCGGGGUGUGAUUGUUUUUUUCGACAUGCAUGACGAGAAAUUCUCAGAAUUGAUAUUGCCGAGUAGUUUAAUCAAUGAGUCACGACCACGUUAUGACGAAAUGUUCCUUUUUGUGUUAGAGGGAUCUCUUUGUUUGGUUGAUAAUAAUUAUGACAAAAGUAAACCCAUUGAUAUUUGGAUAAUGAGAGAGUAUGGUGCACCAAACUCAUGGGUGAAGCAGUUCAUCAUCCAAUCUUAUCACUUUGCACGAACUUUUCCUCUUCGUACUGAAAUCUUCUGGACACCUUAUAUUAAUGGAAGGUUUGGUCGAAAUGAGCUUGGGAUUUCUAAUGGCUAUAAGGAGAGAUGGUAAAAUCUUAUGAAAAGAGAACUGUGGACUAUUGGUUUCAGUUGAGCAUGUAGUUGACGAUUUUAAAGAGAAUGACAUAGGUAACUUUAUAAAUGGUUGGUGUCACAAUUCGCAUUAUGUUAAUUAUUACAAAGAGAGCCUUGUUUUACUUGAUAAAUGGUCAAAUAAUUGUGUUGGGGGUACUUGUGAGGAGUCAUCCGUGAGACCAAAGUUGGGAGAAGGCUCUUGAGAGCAAAAACUAAAAGUAGAAUGCGAGUUGCAUCUCUCCUGCACGUGAGUGGAUUGUUUAAUGUGUCAAAAAUGAAAGGAAAAUGGUUGAGAAAGAAAGAAAGGAAGAGCAUGCGAGUCAAAAAACCUUCAUUAUCCAACUAGUUAGUUAUGUUGCAUAUGAUUUAUUGCUCGUGAGUUUAUUUUAACUUUGUGCAUGUAAUUCUUGAAGUUCUUUAGCCUAGUAAGUUUUUGAUUGAAGUUUAGAUGCUGAGCCCUUAGGCAUAUGCGAACUUAUUUUUGCUUGAAGUCUUCUAGAUUUCAUGCAAACAUUACAAUACAGGGCUCAGUCUGAAAUGGACAUGGUAGACCUCCUUUGAUUCAUCGGAAAGUCAAAGAUUCCAUGAGUCAGAAGUGUAUGGCACAUUUAAUAAUCUAGGUCUAGGGUACUGAAACUCUUUAAUUUAAAGACAUGCUGUAAAUGCUUGUCUUAAUUACUUUCUAGGUAGUAGAUGUUUGGCGCAUGAUACUUCUACGGGUUGUGUAAUUUUUCUAUCUAUCGAGGAUUAGAGUAGAAGACCCGUACUGGUGGAAUAAUUGCAAUGCUACUAUACCGCCUGCUGAUAAGGGAAUACAGUAUACCAAGCUUGUCCGAGCAGUCAGGUUUGGUCCUCCGGGCAGCAACCUAGCUGGUAUAGCAGACACCUAAUUUUGUCCCUGCCAAAACCCAAUUCAUCCAUUUUCACCUCACGUUAUCGUACACCUUCAUCCAUGCGAUUAUACCCCAUAAAAAUAGAAAAAAAUAAUAAAAUAUUAAUAAAUUCGUAACAAAUCAAAUCCUUGAUAUUUCCUUAUCCUAACAAACCUUAUCUCAUCCCCCUCACCACUCCUACCCCCAUCUCACCCCCACUCUUAUCCUUUAACACCCCCCCCCACCCCCACGUUUCUUUUCACAAAGAAAGGAGAGGAUAUACACAUAGACACAGAGGGCCAAAAAGAAGAGGAAAUUUUCAUUGAAAACACUCAUCAUCUUCUUUCUCAAAAAAGAAAACACUUUCAAGAAUAUACUCACAAACUAUCUCUCCACCAUUAAUGGACACCUACACACUCCUCCAUUUAUUCAAUACACACCCACUAACACAUACUACAAUACAUUACACACACACAACACAACCAGUGAAUAAAGACAUACACAUAUACUCACACACACAAAGAGAGUAACGGAGAGAAAGAGAGAGUAACGAAGAGAGAGAGCAAAGCAGAGAGAGGGAGAGAAUCGAAAGAAUGAAAGGAUUUUGAGAGAUUUGGCAAAUAAACAACGAAAUCGGCGCAAUCCCACCAAAAUUAGCACCGGAAUCUGACCAAAAAACACCAGGGGUCGCCGGAAACGGUAUUUUCUAGUCAAGUUCAAGUAUCCCGAGCUUAAAUUUGUCCCAAUAUUGAAAUCCCCAGACACUUUUCUCAUUUUUUUUGGUUUCUCUGGUGAAAUCCAGCCUGAAAACAUCAGUCCAGUCGACAAGUCAGAAAAGUCGACAGUUUACUCCGACUCCAUUAAAGUCUCGUCGAAAUUGUCAUACGGAUUCUCAUUUUUUUUUUGAGUUUUGGUUUCGGGUAUUCAUUGACUCUUCAAGGUUUCCUUGGUUUGAAUCAAAAUUCAAUUUCAUCACAGUUUUAAACCAGUCCAAUUACUGGUUCGGGAUUGAGAUUGUGGUAUUCUUCUAGGUUUCAGGACCGCUUUUAUUCUCUUCUUAAUCAAUUGAGAGCAUUCGGAAGGUCCAUCUCUAUAACUCUUACUCCUUAUUUCUUUUAAUUUGGCAUCGAUGUUGUGAUUAUGUGUGGGGUGAUUAUGAUUGUUGGAUUUUGUUAAUGUUAUGAUUAUGUGCUUGAUGAUGUGAUUUUGGUGAUAUGUGAAACGAAUUUGAGUAGUUUUGAUAGUGUGAUUGAUAAAAAAUGAAGUUAGAUGGGGUAGAAUUGUGAAAUUGAUAAAAAGGGUGAACAUAGAUCAAUUUUGAUUUAUUGUUGUUUUGUUUAAUUCGGAAUAAGCAUGAUUGUCGUUGGAACGUGAUAGAAUUAUGACAUGUUGAAAUGAAUAGACAAGUAUAGGUUCGGGUAGGAAAAAUUUAGGAAUAAGUGUUUUGUUGAAUGUUUGAAUGUGGAAUGUGUGUUGAAUGUUUUCUAGUUUAUCGUGCUUGAUCAAAUGUAUCAUCUGGUCGGAGAAUGCCCCGAAGUAUUUUGUACCUGAAAGAUGUUCGUGACGAAGGCCCGAGGCGUCGGGUGGAGCUUAGUUUAGGACUAGUUUAGAAUAGGACUAUUUUGGACUGUAUAAUUGGACUGAACGUUAUUAUUGUGGUUUUGGAUUGUGUUUGAUGUGUUUGUUUGAUUCU